AUGGGAAUUUGUCAUAUGAUUAAAGAAUUACGUUUAUGUAUAAAUGGUGUUGAAAUUGAUCAAAAUUCGAAUGUUGGCAUUACAAGUCUCAUGAAAGGAUAUUUAACAUUUAGCCCCAGUGAAUUGAGUGCUUUAGAGAAUGUAGGUUGGCUGUCUAACGACGAUACGCAAUUAACCAACGCAGAUGGUUAUUUUGAUAUUUUGAUACCACUGAAUUUACUGAGUGGAUUUGCUGAAGAUUAUCAAAAAAUUCUUAUAAAUGUUCAGCUAGAGUUAGUUUUAACCAUUUCAAAUACCAAUAUCAAUGCAUACAUACAGAAUCCGGCAGAAGAAGCCGCAGCUGAAAAUGAUAAAGUUACACUACAAAAAAUUCAAUGGAUAGUUCCAUACGUCACAUUAUCAGAUAAAGAAAGAAUUCAAGUGUUAAAUUAUAUUACUGGUGAUCCAUCUAUUCCUAUUAGUUUUAGAACAUGGGAGUUGUAUGAAUAUCCACUCUUACCUACAACACCAAGAUACAUCUGGGCUGUCAAAACAUCAACUCAGCUUGAAAAACCACGCUGUGUAGUGCUUGGAUUCCAAUCAGCAAGAAAAAAUGAUGCAAGAAAAAAUGCUAGUCAAUUUGACCACUGUAGCAUUAGAAAUAUAAAAUUGUUUUUAAAUUCACAGAGCUAUCCUCAUGGAGAUCUUAAUCUAAUGAUUGAUCAAAAUCAGUAUACGUUAUUGUACAGCAUGUAUACAAAUUUUCAGUCUUCAUACUACGAUAAAUAA